AUGGGGCAGAACUAUAUUGUCGGUCUAGACACUGUCAACGAGCAGUGGAAAGAUCAGGGUAGGGGCAACGAUGCUAGGAGUGAUAGUGCAAAGGCUCUCAUAGAUAAAGAGUGGCGUGCUGACUCCAAGGAUGCGUGGGGCGAACGGAUUUUGGACGGGACGGGAUCACGGCACGGCUGCGUGCCUGCGUCCCACCACCACCAUCACACCGUGGCGCGCCACGGCUCACGAGUCGGGCGCAGGCGGUGGCCCACGGGAAGCGCGAGCGGGUUCGGCCGGGCCCGGGUCAACAAAACCCGACGACGCGGGGGCCAGUCCGGCCGGCUUCAGACACCCCAGUCACCAUCUCGCCUCGCGCACUCCCGUCCCCAUCUUCCCAAUUCUCUCCGCGCCCCUCACUCGUCUCCGCCGCCCGCCGCGUCGGCUGCGGCGCCGGCGACCCGACCAGCGUCACUCGCCAUGACUACCUCAAGGCGUCUUGCUGAUAGGAAAAUUGCACGAUUUGAGAAGAAUGUCACAAAGAGGGGAGCUGUUCCUGAGACAAUCAAGAAAGCAAAUGAUUAUCCUUUUGGACCUAUUCUGCUUGGGUUCUUCGUCUUCAUUGUUGUUGGAUCAUCUCUCUUUCAGAUCAUCAGGACUGCCUCAAAUGCUGGUCUAUUCUGAGAAUGGUUCUUCACCUAACUUACAGAUUAUAUCGGUAAAGUGGAGGAACAUGGUUGAUAUAUGCAGUUUGUCACUUAGAAAACAAAAGUGCAUGGCAUAGCUGGUACUCUAUGAUGCUACCCUAUAAUAUAUUGUAGUACUAUGGUGAAAUGGAGAAGUUUAAGUUAUAUGGUGACAAUAUAUGUGUAACAUAGGGGUAACUGGGUAACCCAAGUCGCUCGGUGAUAGGAAAGAUGAUUCCGUAAUACAUAUUGCGAAGUUAUAGCUCGUGUUAUAUCUUCAUAUGCCAUGGCUUAUUCCAGUC